AGACACAAUAAGCUGAAAGAGUUCCUGUUUGGAGUUAUAAAUUAAGAAGUUUCAAGUCAGAAAAGUUAGAGCUAUUUGUUCGUUCCGAGGCGAAGAAUCAACUGACUUAAAGACAACAUGGUAGGACAUUUUCUCUGUGCCUUGCUGCUUAUCUUGGUUCUGGGAUUUGAACAGGGAUCCUCUUCUGUUUUGAACGACCCAGACCGGUUAGAGGAAGACACCUACACUACAGCAGACGUGGCGGAUGACCUUGCCGAGCUGAAUGACCUGGAAGUGGAACAGGUGCAAGACAGCGUGUCGGCCGACGUCUGCAAAGAGAUCAAAGAUGAAUUCAAAGCCGUGCAGAAAAAAUCCAUGGCUGAAGCCAAAAAAGAAAAACCUGAUAGCAUGAUAUUUUGGAGACAGGUAGCAGUUAGACGAAGUCUGAGAAGAAGCUUUCAGAUACUACAACAUGGUAAAAGAUCAAAGGUGGACAACUCGAUAGCGGUGAGGGCAUUACGCAACGAAGCUUGUGCCAAGCAUGCCAUACAAGACAUUUGUGAGACGACGAAGGUUUUGGACCUUUUAAACAUACCUUUGAAUACAAGAAAGAGGAGGAGAAGAAGGAUAUGCAAGAGGAAGGUUCUUAAAUGUUUAGAACACGAACCCCUGGGGAACAUAAAAUGUCCACAUAAGUCUGAGGAGAAAGCCCGUUUUAGAACAAUUGAUGGAACUUGCAAUAACGUGAAUCAACCCCUUUUUGGAGCAGCUGGUACUCCAUUCAUACGAGUACAACCAGCUGAUUAUGCAGAUGAGGUCUCGGCACCUCGCGUGGCAGAAAAUGAAGACCAGUUACCCAACGCGAGAAACGUGAGUCGUUUCGUUCAUGGCAGCAAUGCAAACCUCCAAAACCCUAAUUCUCCAAGGCUGACUCACUUAGCAAUGAAUUGGGGUCAGUUCCUGGACCAUGACUUAACGCUGGCAGGAGAACAACAUGUUACCUGUGAAACCUUUCCCUCUAAUGAGUCAGAGUGUUUCAACGUUGAAGUUCCGGCCGAUGAUGACGUCUUCCAGAGCAGGGGUGUUACAUUCUUCGAGCUGAUUCGAGAUGCUCCCUUUGAAUUUAAGCUAGAGUGUUCACCAGGACCAAGAGAGCACACCAACACGAUAACAGCUUUCAUCGACGCCUCCAACGUUUACGGCUCCGACGAGGAGGAGGCUGAACACCUUCGAGCACCCGACGGGACAAUGAGAAUUAUGACACCUCGUCACGGCUGCCCCUUAGGGGAUCUUUUACCUGCACAAACAGAUCCUGAGAUACCAUGCGUAUCAAAAGAUCCUAACAGACCUUGUUUCGUAGCCGGAGACGAGCGCGCGAAUGAGAAUCAAGGUCUCAUGUCAGUGCAUACUCUCUUCGUUCGGGAGCAUAACCGAAUAGCAACAUUUUUCGGUGAAAACACAGAAUGGGAAGCGGAGCAGAUUUACCAGGAGACCAGGAGAAUCGUUGGAGCGGAAUUACAACUUAUUACAUACAACGAAGAUCUACCACUACUUCUUAGCCCCAAAACGAUCAGAGACAACAAUCUCGCUCUGCUGAAAGGAACACGGUAUUUCAAUGGUUACAACCCUGGUGUCAAUGCCCAAAUGUCUCAAGCCUUCUCUGCGGCGGCUUACCGAUUUGGCCAUAGUUUGGUUCAAGAGGAGUUUCUACGUCUAAGUCAGAAUGGCUUUGAACACAAAUGUAGCGAUGAUUCUAAGUCAGAGUUCUAUCCUAUCCCAGUAAAGGACUUCGGUAAUCCAACCUACCUAUACGAAAAGUGUAACGGGGGUGUCGAUUCCAUUUUUAGAGGCUUGGUUAAAAGUCCAGCGGCCAAAGUUGAUGGGCUCUUUUCCAAGUCUAUACAAGAAAACUUGUUUCGAGGCCCUGGUGACUUGUCCGACCUCGUAUCCCUGAACAUUCAAAGAGGACGUGAACGUGGUGUGCCUUCAUACACAACAUAUCGAAACACGUUUUGUAAAAUUACGCCUAUAGUAAACAGCUUCGAAGAUCUGGAAAAGGCUGGCAUCAACCGAAAAGAUAUAGAUAAUUUGAAGUCCCAGUACCAGUCAGUCCACGACGUCGAUCUUUUUGUUGGAGGAAUGUUGGAGCCGGCAGAUUCAGAGGGAGGAGCACUAGGGAAAACCUUUCAAUGUAUAUUAGCUGACCAGUUCAAACGCCUACGAGAGGGUGACCGCUUCUGGCAUGAAAAUGCGCCAAACCGAAUAAAGAACACUGAUAAAACAGCUUUUACGCGAUGCCAACUGCAAGAAAUAAGAAAGGUUACAUUGGCCAAGAUAAUCUGCGACAAUGCUGAGAACAUCCCUUCUAUCCCCAGGAGGGUAUUGCAACAGUCAAAGACAUUCGUCGAUUGUAAAAAGCUACCCGAAAUGAACCUGGAUGUAUUUACACCAGAUUUCAGAUGUCCGCGCCAGGGAAGAGUUUUGGGUGACGGCCCAGACCUUAAGGAUGAAGAUAAAGAAGGAUCGACUCGACUGAGUAAUCCGUCCACGAAUAUGGGAUAAUUCAUCAGCCUCUUGACCCCGACUCGAGGAUUUGCACUUGAUUAAUUCUAACUGGGUUUCAUGUUUUAAGCUUGAUUUGCGCAUGAUGUAGAUCAUAUUUUAAAUUUAAAUUCUUAAAAUGGAGUAUGAAAAUUUUCAGCGAGAUAGCUUGUUUAUGAAAUGUAACGUUUCUUUGUAACUGGCUGUACUGUUUUUCAAACUUACAGGGGAUGGCGCCCUUAUUAUUACCAUUUGUAGCCUGCAAGAUCUUGCCAUUGGUGUAUCUGACAGGCAUUAAGCUAAUUUUGCUGUUGUUGUUGUUGUUGUUUCGUAGUUUCGAAACGAUCGCCUUAGAUAUUAAUGUAGUAAAGUUUACUUCAGUGACGCAUCAA